ACUGCUUCUGGGAGAGAGAGAGAGAGACUCCGAAGAGUCAAACCGUAGAACGGGAUGGAAUGGAUUCUCCCAGAUGGCCGGGAGAAGCAGCAGGGGUGCUACACUUUCCAAAUUUGUUGUCCACUGGACAUAAGUUUGGCAGGCCAGCCAGGCCACGACGCUUGAAAACAUGAGACUGUGGAAAGGUGCCAUUUUGGAAGAUAUUCAAGAGUCAAUCUCACCGCCCGUUGGCUGUGAGGUCUCUGGGGAGAUCUCUACGUCGGGAUAAGGGCAUCACGGACUGAAAAUGCAAAUUCCCUGGAGCAAAAGUCACCGGGCCGUCCGGGGAAACUAGAGCGUACCAUGAAGGCAGUUGGGGUCCUGUGUUCUUGGAACCUCAUUUCACUGCUCCAUUUAGCCGCGCACGCGGCCGAACACGAGGAUGUAGCCAAGCACGCGAUCAAGUUGCACCGUGGGAAAGGGGCCGCCGUAACGCAGAGGAAACAGUGGGCCCUCAACAACUGCAGGAAGCUAUCGGGGCUUCUCCGCCAGAAGAACGUGGUUCUCAACAAGCUGAAAAACGCCAUGAGAGCGGUGGAAAGGGACCUGGGACUGUCAGCUGAGGAGAAGCUCUUUCAAGUGCACACGUUCGAAAUCUUCCAGAAGGAGCUGAACGAGAGCGAAAAUUCGGUCUUCCAGGCGAUCCACGGACUUCAGCGGGCUCUGCAAGGCGAUUACAAAGAUGUCGUGAACAUGAAAGAGAGCAGCAGGCAGCGACUGGAAGCUUUGCGAGAAGCGGCCAUCAAGGUCAGUUCUUUCCCAUUUGAUUGCACGCCACGGGAAGAGACGGAGUACGUGCAACUCCUGGCAGCCGAGAAGCAUCAAGCCGAAGCCCUGAAAAACAUGCAGCAUCAAAACAAAAGCCUAUCCAUCCUCGAUGAAAUUCUAGAAGAUGUAAGAAAGGCGGCCGAUCGGCUCGAGGAAGAAAUAGAGGAGCAUGCUUUUGACGACAACAAAUCGGUGAGAGGCGUCAACUUUGAGGCCGUGUUGAGGGUGGAAGAAGAGGAGGCUGACUCCAAACGAAAUAUAUCCAAGCGAGAAAUAGAGGACGACUUGGGGCUUAGCAUGCUUAUCGACUCGCAGAACAAUCAGUACAUACUGACCAAGCCCAGAGAUGCAACAAUCCCUCGUGCUGAUCACCAUUUUAUCAAGGACAUUGUGACCAUAGGUAUGUUGUCACUACCUUGUGGUUGGCUCUGCACGUUGAUAGGGUUGCCAACAAUGUUCGGGUACAUUAUUUGUGGAGUGCUUUUGGGACCUUCGGGAUUAAACAGCAUUAAGUCCAUGGUACAGGUGGAGACGUUAGGAGAAUUUGGUGUGUUCUUCACUCUUUUUCUAGUUGGCUUGGAGUUCUCCCCGGAAAAGCUGAGAAAGGUGUGGAAGAUCUCUUUGCAAGGACCCUGUUACAUGACCUUCCUGAUGAUUGCGUUUGGCUUAUUGUGGGGGCACCUACUUCAGAUCCGACCAACGCAGAGUGUCUUUAUUUCAACCUGCUUAUCCUUAUCAAGCACACCUUUGGUGUCCAGAUUUCUGGUCGGUAGUGCCCGAGGAGAUAAAGAAGGCGAUAUUGACUAUAGCAGUGUACUCCUUGGCAUGCUGGUAAUGCAGGAUGUACAACUUGGAUUAUUCAUAGCUGUAAUGCCAACUCUAAUUCAAGCAGGAGCCGGUACAUAUUCCAGCAUUGUCAUGGAAAUGCUGAGAAUAUUUAUACUGAUUGGUCAAAUUCUCUUUUCUCUGGCUGCUGUCUUUCUCCUAUGUCUUGUUAUAAAGACUUACCUCAUAGGGCCAUAUUACCGCAAGUUGCAUACGGAGAGCAAAGGGAGUAAAGAAAUCCUUGUCCUGGGAAUCUCUGCUUUCAUCUUCCUUAUGUUAACGAUCACAGAACUUUUGGAUGUUUCGAUGGAAUUGGGAUGCUUCUUGGCUGGUGCCUUGAUCUCUUCUCAGGGUCACAUGGUGACUGAAGAGAUUAUGUCCUGCAUUGAGCCGAUACGUGACUUCCUUGCCAUAAUUUUCUUUGCUUCUAUAGGACUCCAUGUUUUCCCGACCUUUGUAAUAUACGAACUCACUGUCUUGUUGUUCCUUACCUUGUCGGUGGUAAUAAUGAAGUUUAUUUUGGCGGUCUUCGUCCUGUCCCUCAUUCUGCCAAAGAGCUGCCAGUACAUCAAAUGGAUCGUUUCAGCGGGGCUGGCACAAGUCAGCGAGUUUUCCUUCGUUCUGGGAAGCAGAGCCCGAAGAGCAGGGAUCAUUUCUCGAGAGGUGUACCUCCUCAUAUUGAGUGUGACAACCUUGAGUCUUUUACUUGCCCCAGUUUUGUGGAGAGCUGCAAUUACAAAAUGCAUGCCAAAGCCAGAGAGACGAUCCAGCACCUGACAACAAAAUGCUUCACCUGGAAUUAAUACAUUUCCUUGCCCAGGCUGCCUUUGUUCCUUGGUGUAUUUCUAGGAAAGUAGAAAGCAGAAAAAGUCUGUGUGAGUCCUCUAAACAUGCGCGCUUAUGAGCCUGUUGUAUUAACAAAACAGCAAAAAAUAGUUCCAUGUUGGCCCAGAUUACACAAAAUACACUUUGUCACCUUUUAGAAUCUUCCAGCACAACUCUUGUUUCGACUCCAUUCAUCAUACACAGUAGAAAUGUUUCUUCGGAUUUGGCGCCAUGCAAAUCGGCUUGACUAUUUUGCCCUUAUGUGCCUUCUUAACAAAUUGGUUUCAUCCUUUCACUCCUCAAAAUGCCUGUUGCACAAACGUUAUUAUUUAAUGGUGCCUGUGGUACCUUGUUAGAAAUGUCCAAUUUAAUGGUAUAACUUUAGAAUUGUAAUCUGUUGAUCAAAUACGUCAAAAAGCUUAUUUCAGUAAUGCAGAAAUGCCAGCCAGUAGUUUUGCACAUAUGAAGUUAUUAAAAUAGUUGUAAAUU